AGUGCUGCAUUAAACAUCAAGAGGAGGGAGAAACAUCAAGAAACUAAUAAGAUAUUUAGAAUUCAAACAGAAGAUCGGAAUAACCUGGAUGAAGAGCUUUGACAGCCACCGAUGAGAGAAUGUCCUCCAAAGAUUCCAACAACUCUAACAUCAGACGAGAACACACCACGGUCUUGCCGGGCCGAACACACCGUGGCCGGUCAGCGAGACCGGAGCGUCCGCCGGCUACAGCGGAGGGUCUCUGGGCCGGUGAAGGAUUCACGGAUCUCUGCUUCCGACUCGGCCAACUCGGGGAGGGAAGCAACUUCGCCAAUGAAGAUCAGUCACCGAGAGGAACCAGACAUCGAGGCGGAGGUUGUCAUUCAAAAAGGAUCAGCAAGAGGAAGCGAGUUGGCGCGCAGACAUCAUCACCGGUCUUGCUCACGCGUGACGGGGGCACACCGACCACUCGGCUGCAGCCACCGUUCGGCCGCUACCUGUUCCGGGAGAAGUCACCGCCCGUUCGCAAACCUAGCAAAAACCUCGAGGAAGUCAUCACACCUUUAAAGAGAUUUCGCCGAGCCGCAAGAUUGCUCCAAAUUUUGCAGCGAGUAUCGAGGAGCAUAAUAAGACUCAGUCGUGAUACUCACCGACCGGAGCUGAGUUCCUUAGGCGGGCUUCAGGAUGACCUGGACGGGGCUGGAGCUCUUAAAAACUCGGGCCUGGUCUUUGAUCCGGCUGUCUUCAAGGUCAAAAAAGAGGGCCAGCUAAGCACAGAAGUCAAGCGAAUUCUCACUAAGUACCCAAGCGAGCGCACCGCUGAAGAGGUGCAUUUGGCAUUGGUUGCUCUGAAGAAUGCCGUGCAGGCCUUCGGUGAGUUCCCGAUUAAGAUGCAGGAGUCUCUCGCAAUGGUUGGUUGGUACGAGAGUUUCGACGCCAAGCGUAUCAUCAUCCGUCAGGGUCACAAGGCAGAGAGUUUCUACCUGAUGCUAUCUGGCACCUCAGUGGUCACUAUCUCGUCACCUGACCCAGUGACGUCAGAGCCUAAUGUCCGGACAGUGGCGUUUUUGAAACGCGGGAACAGCUUUGGGGAAUUGGCACUUAUGCAUCACUCUACCAGACAAGCAACAGUGUUCUGCAAAGAUACGGUUGAGCUUCUCUCAAUAGGCAGAGAGGAUUUCACGGAGAUCUUCAUGCAUCGUAGCGAAGGCGUGGAACCAGACUUCAUCCGUUAUCUCAGGACUAUAGAGGAAUUGAAGGGAUGGCCAGUACACAGACUACCUCACGAUAAACCCAGCGUGUGCUUGUUUACCUACUUCCGGCGCGGCGUGGUGAUAUGUAAAGAUAGUAACAAGUCUGACUGGAUCUAUGUUGUGAAAACGGGUACAUGCCGUGUGCUCAAGAAACUGAAGGCGCCCAAACGAUUGUUCAAAGCUCGGGCCGAUCUCAUGAAUAUGUUUGAAUUAACUACUCCGGAUAAACAACAUAGCGCUAAAGAAAGAUACGCCGGAUCCCGUAAGGAGUCUAGCCAGUCCACCAAGCACACCAGACUACCAAACAUUAGACAACACGCACAGACAACGAGUCCGGCUGUGUUUUCGACGCCACUGGCACAGGAAGUUUCAACAACUUACACAAACGAAGUGCAAGUACAUCUCAGUCUAAUUGAAGACAAGAUAGAUCAGUUGCACUUGGAGCCCCAGGAGUGUGCGUCCCCGUCUGGAGAGAAGGCUAUCUUUAUCCAGGUUCAGAAACUCACGGAGCGAGACACCUUUGGUUUAAAUCCGCUCGUGUUCGGCGAGACGGAGGGCGCCCCCAGCGUCACGCUGGUAUCUGAAGGAGCCGAGUGCGUUCUGGUAUCCAAGAGAUUCUUUCUGCAUCACCUCAGUGAAGAUCACAAGAAAUCACUCAGACGAACGUUGAGGCCGUACCCAUCGGAGGCGAGGCUUCAGCAGAAGUUGCAGGAACAGACAGACUGGGACGAGUUCAAAUGCCACACCAUGCAGAGACUGAUUGAUAAAUACGGCCAGAAGAUACCACUGCCUCACUUCUCUGUGUAAGUAGAUAGCAUCAUCAGCAUCAAGGCGAUAGCAUCAGGUCAAAAGUCUACCCUUGAACACCCACCGUGAAAACCUAAUGGUCCGGAUAUGCCAGUGAGAAAAUAAAAAAUGUAUGGUGGAGAAAGUUCAGAGAGGGACGAAACAAUACUUUUUCAAGAGAAUUUGUAAACACCUACUUUCAGUAUACAAUAGUGUCAACAUCGGUGUUUGUAUGAUAUGAAGAGCAACUAGGAUUUCAUAUUAGAGUGCUGCAAAAAACUUGAGCAUUACCUUAAAAUGAGAUUUAAAACUUUGUUU